AUUUAAAGUACGCGCCCAUGCAAAGGAAACAAAUUCGAAAUCAAUUUGUAUGUAUGUACAUAUGUACAUAGGUACAUCGAACUAAUUAAAUCAUGCCGUUUUCACAGCUGGAAGCUUGAGCUUGUCUAUCAGCAUCAAUUGCAGUGACGCAGAUCCAUCGGCAAAGUGUGCACAGUGUGUGUAAACAAAAAAAAAUAUAUAGAAAAAAACAUAAAAGAAUUAGCAAAACCGUUAAAAUACACAAGAGAAAAUAAUAAUUUUAAUAAAAAAUGCAGCGUUGGAGUUGGUUGCUGAUUGUCUGUUUGCUUUAUGAAUCCGUCAAUGGCAUAGCACUGCCCACCACCAGCCUGCCCAAAUGUAAUUGCAUACCGGUGAAAGAGUGUGAGCCAAUCGCUUAUUUACUCUUGAAUCACAAACCACAUGAGGCUGAAAUGAUAUACCGAAUCGUACAGAGUGCCGGUUGUGGUUACACCGGUCUCGAGCCACUCGUCUGUUGCCCCACCACCUAUACAAACCACAAAGUAGUAACACGUAUACAUACAAACGGCAACAGUGAUGACUACGGUGGCACAGAUCCUGAUGUUUGGGUUUGGGGCAACACACAACUGCCCACACUCAUGGAAACGCUGGCAGCGGCUAGUACAGUAGAGGGCAGAAGCACCAAGCGCCGUUCAAAAGAGUUUUACGACGAAACAGAUAUUUUCGAUUUCAAAGAUCCGAAAACUCAAAGAAACUUUCCGCAUUCUUUUUACGAAGAAUCAGUGAAGUUGCACGUGGGAGAUGAUGAUGACGACAGCAAACAGGAUGACAGUAAGAAACAUCGUGGCUGUGGUGGACUUGAUGAUAAGCACUUCAAACAUAAUCAGCACAGACAUCGCACACCUUUUGGUGAUCACAAACAUUUUCCACAUAAUCACUAUCACAAACAUGAUGAGCACAAUCAUGGCAAUGGAUAUGAAGGCAGUGAUUAUUUUGAUAUUAAUGACGAAGAAUAUCCGCGUACUAUUUUUAGACCAGCAAACGAUGGCGCUAUUAUUUAUCCAGAUGAUAGGCGCUUGCAUCGACCGCUACAAUUUCCAGUACAAAGUAUAACAACAACUACUACAACAACUUCAACUACUACAACAACUACGAAAAAACCAGCCAACAAACCGUUAGAACAAUCCAAAGUGAAUACGGCACGUUGCGGCAUACCGGAUAUUGACAGUGCCAACAGUGAACGCUUGUAUCCGUGGAUAUCGCGCAUUGCUUACGUAAAUAAAACCAACAAUUCCAUCAGUUAUCGCUGUUCCGGCUCCGUUGUGAGUCAGUCUCACAUCCUAACUGCGGCGCACUGUGUUGUAAAUCUCGUGAGCGAUCUACAACUCUCACAUGUUCGCAUUGGUGGCGUGGCACCCAACUGCACUGCCAACAUUAAUGCCAAUUGCAGCAUUGCCUCACGCACCUAUCAAAUCGCCGAAGUACGCGUACAUCCUAACUAUGAUCAGCCCAAAUAUGCUAAUGACAUAGCAUUGGUGAAGAUCGUUGGCGUGGCGAGUGAAUAUACGCCAAUUUGUUUACCUCCAAAUUUAUCUGUUUCUGUGCGCGAUCAACUUAUAGGCAGUCCGGGAAUAGCACUUGGUUGGACGGCGGAUCUUGAGGGCGGUGAAACAAGUAGUCCACGAGUGCGCUAUCUCAAUUUACCGAUAGUUAAUACCACUGAGUGUGCGAUCACCUAUGCGAAAUUCAGUGAAAAUUUCAACGAUCCCAUCGUUAUUACGCCGUCACAGUUGUGUGCUCAGGGCGGUCCAAUGAAUGAUGUUUGCAGGGGUGACAGUGGCGGUCCGUUCAUGGAUGAGGGCUCUUCUGGUCUGAUAAAUUCAAGUGGCCGUCAUACGCUAUUGGGUAUUGUCGCCUUUGGACCUACAAAGUGUGGAAUGUCCAACAUACCAGGAGUUUAUACGCGCUUAAAAAUUAUGAAAAGCCGGUUGUGUUUUUAUUUUAUUUUGACGUUUACGACAACACUUUUGAUACCUUUUAAUGCAGCAGCCUCAAAUUUUGGUGCCUGCUUCACUCCAAAUCAGGUAUCAGGUACUUGUAUUAAAUUAGCCGAUUGUCGCUACCUCUAUGAGUUGGUACUCGAUCCGAAUCUCUCACAAAACGAUCGUACUUAUUUGCGUAAAAGUCAAUGUGGAUACCAAGAUCGUAAUGUUUUGAUAUGCUGUCCACCAAGCUACCUCACAUUAAGUGCCACUACACCCGCGCCGACAGCACCACCUGCUAGUAUUAUGCUAUUUCCAGAUUCUCAAGUUUCCAUGUCAGUGAGACGUCCAGCCACGUUCGUAGCUAGCGCCAGUGGCAGUCCCCAACGCUCAAAUUUACUGCCAAGUUUUCCGCAAUGUGGAAAAAUGCUCGAAAAUCGUAUUUUUGGCGGUGUGGAGACCGCAUUAGAUGAGUUUCCUUGGACAGCAUUGAUUGAGUACCAAAGCGCCAAUGGUUCUCGUGGCUUUUAUUGUGGCGGCGCCUUGAUCAGCAAUCGUUAUGUAAUAACUGCUGCGCACUGUGUCCAGUCGACUGAUCUGCCACCCGGUUGGAGCGUGAUUGGCGUACGUUUGGGCGAAUGGGACACACGCAGUGAUCCGGAUUGCAAUGAGGAGGGUUGUGCGCCGCGACAUGUUGAUUUCACAGUUACACAGAUAAUUUCCCAUGCAGAUUAUAGAAAACAGACUGACCCUAAUGAUAUUGCAUUGUUGCGCCUAGCCGGACCCGUCGAAUUCAGUGAUUACAUUCAACCGAUUUGUUUGCCAACAAUACCGAGUCUACGUGAUAAAGACUUUGUGGGUGUGGCAAUGGAUGUGGCAGGUUGGGGUGCCACGGAAACGACUCAACAUAGUCCAGUUAAGUUGAAAGCUGUUUUGAGCGUUAACGAUUUUAAUGUUUGUCGCGAAAAAUAUGCGCCACUGAAACAAGUUCGCCUGCAGUCGACGCAAUUAUGUGUGGGUGGUGUGCGUGGUGUUGACACUUGUCGUGGUGAUUCUGGUGGUCCGCUUAUGACUCAGGAACUUGUUAAUGGUAAAGCUGCUUAUUUUCUCGCCGGCAUUGUUUCGUUUGGGCCCACCAGUUGCGGUUUGGAUGGUUGGCCAGCGAUUUACACGAAAGUUGGCUCCUUUAUAGAUUGGAUUGAGAGUAAAAUGCAACCUUAGACUGUUAAAAAAUAAGUACAUGUUGUACGUGUAUGUAUGUAUAAGGAAUAUACGGAAACUAAAA